AAUUCAGUCUCUCAAGCAGGAGAAUAAACAAGAGAUGAGUAGUACUAGUACUAUAUUCCUUGGUAGGCGAAUGUUCCUAGCAAGGACACAACUUAUAGGAUAUGAAUAUGAACAUGGCAAUGGCAACAAACAUAAUAAACUCCUGCAUUCCCUUCCCUCUAAUAUUACUAUCAAGAAUACACACUCAUAACUAGUACAUGCCAAACGAUAUGUCUUGUAGUUAAACAGAACAGUAAGAAAGUAAGAUGAACAUAGCAAGUGGAAUUCAAUCUUAUGGGAAACUAAAACCAACUCUACAUGGAAUGGAGAUCAAACCAGAGAAAUGAUGAUGAUGAUGAUGCACACUUGGUGAGAGCUUAGUGGGUAACCAUAUAUAUUGUUGUAUCGGCAGAAGAAAAGAGAGCACAAGAAGCUGCACAAACACAGGCCAUUUCCCUGGGUAUGCUCAGUUGUGCUCUCUAUCUUCUGUCAAUACAUGGUAUUAACGUUAACAUCAAGUGUUAACCACCACUAGCAGCACCAUGUGAUCACCAUCAUCACCACCAUAAACAUGUAAAAGAAAGCAAGAAGAAAAAGGAGGUAGCCUCUCUGGCUUGAUUGAUCUCUGGACAAAUAAAACUCCAUCUCUCUCUGCUUCAGUAUGAACUUGGUGAAGGAGAGCUUGGAAAAGGGGUAGUGUCGUGAAUGGAGCAAAGGAAAGGUAGCCAUGACUAGUGGUAAGGAAGAAAGUGUCUUUGAGGGGAAAACUUGGGUGAGGGUACUGAAAGGGAUGGGGAGAAAAGAAAUUAUUAUGAGAGAGCUAAAAAGAACAGAGAGCCUCUGCCUCUCCUUUCCUUCUUUUCCCUGUCCAUUAACUAUAUUUGUUAGUUUGACACAAGUGGGUUGAUGAACUCAUUAGAAUCUUGCAUUAGCCAGCUGGUCACUAAAAAGAAAGGAGUUGGUACUUGGUUGGUACUUAAAGUUUAAUUACCACUGAAAUUUAUAUAGUUUAAACUUAUCAUUUCUCAUUUUUAACUCAGUAAAAUGGUUUGGUACCCAUAAAUCAUUGCUGGGGAACUGUUAUAUAACUUUUUCCUCAUAUUUGAAAUUGACAUAAAAGCGUGUAUUCAUAUGACCGAAUAAGAUAAAGAUAAACAGUUUUCACCGGGACUUAUCCAUAGCCAAAUCCCCCAACUCUCUCUCCCCUUUUUUUUUCUUUCUCUGACCUCUCUCUAAAGGUUCGCAGCUGAGUGGGCUGCUGUCGACGCCUCUCCGGCGACCGGCAGCAGCUCUCCGCCCCCAGUUCCAUUUUCCCGGCUUUUUUCCUGCUUUUUCUUUCUUCUUCUGCUAUUUCCAGCCAUUGUGGCUUUGCUUUCAUGCAUGUGUCUCUCCCCCUUUGUGGAUUGUGUUCCUUCCCCUGUAUUGGGUUGAUUUUUGUCCCUCUGUUCUGAUGAUUCAGAUCUGGAGAUGUUGAUCUUUCUAAGAUGCAAGGAGGCUAGAUCUUAUUCAGAUAUGGCUUGCCUUCUCCUUUCCAUUCCAUAGUCUACCUCCUUGCUCUCACCUUGCAGAUCUUGGUGGUUCGGAGUUGCAGCCUUGGGCGACGGAUGCGGAUAUGGAGAGAUUGAAGACAGAAGAUCGUCUCCCCUUUGUUUCCUCAGUCGGCCGACCGAUCGUGUGUCUGAGGUCCCAUGGUUUCGAGCGGCGGGAGGCAGACGGCCGAUUGGCUCGGGGUGGUGUUGUUUGAAGACUUGUCUUCAUCUUCCUGCCAUCCGGGUUGGUGGAAACCCCUUCCUCGGUCUGACGGACGGUGGCGAUGUCCUCGGCGAGUGACGGCGGCGCAUGGAGUCGGCUGUGUGGCGGCGGCAGUUUUCGAUCACGGCGGUGGGGAUCCAGAGGGGGGCAAUGGCGGCUAGGGUUGGAAGCUGGGAGAUUGGUUUUGGUCCAUGACUUUGGGCCCUAUCGUGGUUCCGGGUUUUUGAUGGGCCUUGUUUCUUUUCAGAUUUUUAGCCCUUGUCUGUUUGUUGUGUGUAUCUUUUCCUUUGGGCCCAGCCCAUUGCAUUCUUAAUGAACCACUCUUUUCAAAAAAAAAAAAAAGAUAAAGAUAAACAUUGCAUAUGGAUCGCCCCAAGAUUAGAAAACUAGUUUUGAUCAGCAAAAUGAUCACUCGCUAAUAAACAUCAUUAGUAGACAUUUAAAUAAUAUCAAUGAAAAUAUGUAUCGUUU